AUGUCAAUAGGAUCACAUUCAUUCUCUCCAGGAGGUCCUAAUGGGAUUAUUAGAAGCCAGUCCUUUGCUGGCUUCAGCGGGCUUCAGGAGAGACGCUCCAGGUGUAACUCCUUUAUUGAAAAUUCCUCUGCACUCAAGAAGCCCCAAGCAAAGGUGAAGAAAAUGCAUAAUUUGGGCCAUAAGAACAGCACCACACCCAAAGAGCCCCAGCCUAAAAGGAUGGAAGAGGUCUACCGAGCCCUGAAGAGUGGCCUGGACGAGUAUCUGGAAGUUCACCAGACAGAGCUGGAUAAGUUGACUACUCAGUUAAAAGACAUGAAAAGAAACUCACGCCUGGGAGUCCUGUACGAUUUAGAUAAGCAAAUCAAAGCGGUCGAAAGAUACAUGAGAAGGCUGGAGUUCCACAUUAGCAAGGUGGAUGAGCUUUAUGAAGCCUAUUGUAUCCGAAGACGUCUCUGUGAUGGUGCCAGCAAAAUGAAGCAAGCCUUUGCAGUGUCUCCUGCCAGCAAAGCAGCUCGAGAGAGUUUAACUGAAAUCAACAGGAGUUACAAGGAGUACACAGAGAACAUGUGUACCAUAGAAGCAGAGCUGGAAAACCUAUUGGGGGAGUUUUGCAUCAAGAUGAAAGGUCUGGCUGGCUUCGCUCGGCUCUGCCCGGGAGAUCAAUACGAGAUUUUCAUGCGUUAUGGUCGCCAGCGAUGGAAACUGAAAGGCAAAAUAGAAGUGAAUGGCAAGCAGAGCUGGGAUGGAGAAGAGAUGGUUUUCCUCCCUCUCAUUGUUGGACUGAUCUCCAUUAAGGUCACAGAAGUGAAAGGACUUGCUACUCACAUCCUUGUGGGAAGUGUUACCUGUGAGACAAAAGACCUGUUUGCAGCUCGGCCUCAGGUGGUUGCAGUAGACAUUAAUGACCUUGGCACAAUAAAGCUGAACCUUGAAAUCACCUGGUACCCCUUUGAUGUUGAAGACUUGACCCCGUCCACAGGAAAUGUGAGCAAGGCAUCUGCUCUCCAGAGGAGAAUGUCCAUGUACAGCCAAGGCACUCCCGAAACACCAACCUUCAAGGACCACUCAUUCUUUAAAUGGCUGCAUCCCCUGCAAGACAGGCCAAAGUUGACAAUCUUAGAUGCUCUGCAAGAUGCUUUCUUUGACAAGCUUCGUCGCAGUCGCUCUUUUAGUGACCUGCCAUCGCUCAGGCUAAGCCCAAAAGCAGGGCUAGAGCUAUAUUCGAAUUUGCCAGAUGACGUCUUUGAAAAUGGAACGGCGACCACUGAGAAGCGGCCUCUUUCUUUCACUUUUGGCGACCUGCCUUACGAAGACCGCGUGCCCCUUGCCAACUCAGCAGAGUCCUCUUCUGCUCACGUCAGCUCCAGCCCUGACAUCACCGCGACCCCUACCCAGCACCGAGCUCUCAAGUCCUCCAAGAGCUCAAGCCUGGACUGUAGCAGCAGUGACUCCCGCAGAGACUCUGUCGCCGAGCCGAAGGACCUGCCGUCCCAGGGAGAGGGAGCAGCGGUUGAGAACAAGACCACCCCAAGGGCCGCUCCUGAAGUUUGCCAAAAAACCUCUGAUGCUGGGAGCGAUCAUGUCUUUAUAGAAACAAGUGUCCCUGUGUCUCUCCUGCAGGACACGGAUGAAGGUUCAGAGCUCAAGCCUGUGGAGCUGGAUACCUAUGAGGGCAACAUCACGAAGCAGCUGGUAAAAAGGCUUACGUCAACAGAGGCACCCUUGACCCCAGAGAGGCUGCCAUGUGAGGGAUCGAUUAGUGGGGAAUCAGAAGGAUAUAAGUCUUAUCUCGAUGGAAGCAUUGAAGAAGCCUUGCAAGGGCUUCUCUUAGCUCUUGAGCCACAUAAAGAGCAGUAUAAAGAGUUUCAGGACCUGGACCAAGAAGUGAUGCAUCUUGAUGACAUCCUAAAAUGCAAGCCAGCAGUAAGCCGAAGCAGGUCCUCCAGUUUAAGUCUAACAGUUGAAAGUGCUUUAGAAAGCUUUGAUUUCCUGAACACCUCUGACUUUGAUGAUGAGGAUGGUGGUGGUGUGGAGGUUUGUAAUGGUGGAGGAGGUGCAGACUCAGUAUUUUCAGAUACUGAGAUUGAGAAGAAUAGUUACAGGACGGAGCACCCAGAAGCCAGAGGCCACCUGAGCGAAGCUCUCACCGAGGACACGGGCGUGGGCACCAGCGUGGCCGGGAGCCCUCUGCCCCUGACCACAGGGAAUGACAGCCUCGAUAUAACCAUAGUUAAGCACUUGCAGUAUUGCACGCAGCUCAUUCAGCAAAUUGUGUUCUCCAGUAAAACACCAUUUGUGGCAAGAGACCUCCUGGAUAAGCUGUCCCGGCAGAUCCUCGUGAUGGAGAAUAUCGCGGAGAUCAGCACUGAGAACUUGGGCAACAUCACCUCCCUUACUGAUGCAAUUCCAGAGUUCCACAAGAAGCUGUCACUGCUGGCUUUCUGGAUGAAGUGUACUGGCCCUUCAGGAGUGUAUCACACAUCUGCAGACAAGAUGAUGAAGCAGUUGGAUAUCAAUUUUGCCACCACUGUGAAUGAGGAGUGUCCAGGACUUGCAGAAACAGUCUUCAGAAUCCUGGUGUCUCAGAUCCUGGACCGGACGGAGCCUGUCCUCUACUCCAGCAUGUCCUCUGAGAUCAUUACCGUCUUUCAGUAUUACAACUAUUUUGCCAGCCACAGUGUUAAUGACCUUGGAAGCUAUUUGCUGCAGCUCGCAAAAGAAGCCUCUGUGGUUCAGGUGCUGCAGUCAGUGAAAGAUGGAAAACUGCAGCAAAAUGUGGCCAAAAUAAACUCCAAUAACCUUCCACCACAGCAAGAAGUUUUGAGAGCUUUGGCUUUACUUCUCAAUGAAAAUAAAAAUGAAGUCAGUGAGACUGUGGCAUCACUUCUGACAGCUACCGCAGAAAACAGGCACUUCAGGGAGAAGGCCUUGAUUUAUUACUGUGAAGCACUAACCCAGCCCAACCUCCAGCUGCAGAAAGCAGCUUGCUUGGCUCUAAGAUACCUCAAGGCUGCUGAGAGUAUUAAAAUGCUGGUCACACUCUGCCAGUCUGACAACGAAGAGAUCAGAAAAGUGGCGUCCGAAACCCUGCUCUCACUUGGUGAAGAUGGGAGACUGGCAUACGAACAGCUGGACAAAUUUCCCCGGGAAUUUGUUAAAGUUGGAAGCCGCCGUGGAACUGAAGCUGCCACAGCUUUUUAGGUGGAAAAGAACCUGCCUCCAUUUAACAGGCAUUAAAGUAGGAUGGAGCUGCACUUCAGCGU